AUGUUCAUCUUCAUCAAACAUGGAGAUAAUCAGCAGUUUCUGGUCAAUACCAAUUGCUCUGUUUUCCCGUUGCUACAUUACACUCGCAGUAAAGUGGGGUUGCGUAAAACAGACACCAUCGAUUUGUGUGAUGAAUCGGGGACAAUGAAGUUGCUUUUCCUGAUGAAGACCCCUGGAGAAUAUGCCAGCAAAUUCCUUACAGCUCGGGACACCUAUUAUGUUUGUAAGGUGGAGCGUGGGGCACCAGGAACCAAACUUGAGAAUGCCUACAGAGCUUUUGUGCCCAUUCUGAAGAAUCCAGAACCUGAGCUACUUGAUGCGCUGCGCACACAAUGUGACUUCAUGGAGAGGAGCCGAGUGAAAAUGCUUAGAACCCUGGAAGCCAAGAAGAUCACUCCAAUUGAAUCCACCGUGAAUCUUCCAGUAAGACUCCCCAAACAUGGCCCGCUCCAGCACUCCCCUCUCCCCACCAGACCGCUGAAGUCCAAAUCAGGAAGAUCAGAAGAAGAUGGGCCCCCUCCCACUCGUAGGGGCCCUCCCUUUAAGACCAGAGCAGACAAUCUCGGUAGGAGGGAUAAACAUCGCUAA